AUGAGAUUGCUUAGUUUCCGAUGUCGAGACUCUCGCCAGUCGCUUGGUCGGAUCGACUUCGGACAGCUCGCUAAUGCCAUAGAGUCUCCGGUUGGCCCCAAGGACCCGGUAACGGGGAUCCCCCAGACGCCUCACAAGCUUGUGCUGAACCUGUUUGCUGACGUCGUGCAUCCCUGCGUGAGCGGGGGCGCCGUGGUGGAUGCGACCAAUGAGGGGCUGGUAUCUGAUUGCGGGAUGCUGCUGGCGGCGCGGGACACGCUUGCGGGGACUGCCUCGCUGAACUGGUCGGCGGACACUCCUAUCACGGAGUGGAACGGUGUCGCCCUCGGUGAAGCGUCGGGACGUGUGACCGAAAUCCUCCUUGUUGGCAUGGGUCUAAACGGGAGGAUUCCGCCUGAGCUGGGCGGCCUGUCCAACCUGACGGGCUUUCGUUCCGGCACGGUUGACGGCGAGAUUCCGCCUGAGCUGGGGCGGCCUCGUCCAACCUGA